AUGCGACAUAUUCCAAUUACCUUGGGUAAUCUAAGAUACCUAAAAGCGCUGGACAUAGCGAAUAAUGAUUUAAGCAGCACACUGUCGUCCUCGAGAAGCAGCUUUCUAUCAGCAUUAGCAAACUGCAGUGAUUUGGCUUACUUGUCAUUUGCAAGAAAUCCAUUGAUCAGUGGUUACCUUCCGGCUUCCAUAGGAAAUCUGUCGGUUUCUCUUCUAUAUUUUGAUGCUUCGAGCUGCAGCAUUAGUGGCAGAAUUCCAGGGGAAAUUGGGAACUGGAAUCCAAAUAAUAAAUUGAGAUAUCUUGCCCUUAAUGGAAAUCAAUUGGAAGGGAUACUGCCGUUAUCUUUGAUUAAUUGCAGCGAACUAGUACUUCUGAAUGUUGCAAACAACUACUUAAGUGAUACCUUUCCCCAUUGGUUAGGCAUGCUUCCCAAGCUGCAAGCUCUUAUUUUGAGAUCUAAUAGAUUUCAUGGUUCCAUUCAAGUCUCCUCAACCACUUUUUCCUUCUCCAGGCUGCAAAUGGUUGAUCUCUCUCAUAAUGACUUCACAGGGUUAUUGCCAACCGAGUUCUUCCAAAAUCUCAAGGCUCUGAAAGAAGAAAUUUGUCGGACAAUGGAUUCCAUGGAGAAAUUCCUAAGGCAGUUGGAGAGCUUAGAAUGCUUCAUGCACUCAAUCUCUCUAGUAAUUGCCUGA